GUUUCCGGUGCGCCGCUAGCACAGUGGGUCAGGCGAGCAGUGAAGCUGAAAGUGCUGGGCUGUAAGAACAGUGCAGAUGUUUCUCCUGGGUGUGUGAUGUUUGUGUGAGUUCUGUGGAAGGUUUACCGUCCAAACGAGAUCACAUGGGAUUACCUUUCACAGGUGAGGGUGAUGUCUCAAACAGGAGAGGACAGACAGGAUCAUGGUGAGAGUAUGAAGAAGGAUGAUGAAGGACUUGCUGAUGGACCAGUGGAGUGUGUGAGGAAGAAGAAGGAUGGUGAUGAUGAUGAAGAUCCCCUGAGGGGUCUAGUCGUCUCUCCUCACACUGUGCUGGAGGAAGCUCAUCACACAGGCAGGUUAAAGUGCUCCACCUGUGGCUCCUCCCGCCUCCUCUACUGCUACACCUGCUGCUGCCUGGUGGGACUCGACCCGCAACUCAUCCCCAACAUCAAGCUUCCUGUAAAGAUUGACAUCAUUAAACAUCCAAAUGAGACGGACGGGAAGAGCACCGCGGUUCAUGCUAAACUCAUCGCACCGGACGACGUUUCCAUUUAUACCUACCCCUGCAUCCCAGAGCUGGACACGCACAGCGUGGUUCUGGUAUUUCCAGGUCCAGACUCCAUGACGGUUGAGGAGCUUGUGGAUUAUAUCAGUCAGAACGGAAGGAAAAGAGGAGCAGAGAGAUUUGAGGAGAGAGAGACCAAGAAACCCAAACUGGAGAAGACGAGUGACCGCUCACACACACACUCGCACACACACACGUCAGAGUGCAUACAGGAACACACGUGUCCCAUUCAGAGGGUGAUCUUCAUCGACAGCACCUGGAACCAGACCACGAAAAUCAUAACAGAUGAACGGCUACAGGAGUUUCCACGUGUAGAGCUGAAAUCGAGGAAGACGUGUUUCUGGCGUCACCAGCGAGGAUGUCCCAACACAUACUUAUCCACCAUCGAGGCUGUUUAUUACUUCCUGAAGGAUUUCCACACACACUGUUUACAGAGAGAGUACAGAGGAGAGUACGACGACCUGCUCUUCUUCUACACCUUCCUCCACAAACUCAUCCGAAAAGCCAAACAGGCCAGAGUGUGAGGGGGAGGGAGGAGCACACACACACACACACACACUUCCACAAUCAGUAUUCCUCCACAGUAACUCCACCCACUGUAUUACUGAUAUAUAUUUUAUUUACAUGUGUGCACUUGAUUACUGAGUGUGUGUAGGUGAGUGUGUAGUCAACUUUGCAGAAGAAUAAAUGUUGUUUCUCCUA